GCUCCCGUCUUGUGUUUUCGGUAAAUAGGAAUCCACUUUCUCCAAUGUUUUACCAAGUUAGAUGGACAUGAAACCUUAUAAAUAGGCAUAUUAGAUACAUAUUGUUAAAAAGAUUAAUGGAUACACCUGGAGAAAUGAAUUCAUCUGUUGAAUUUAACGCCACGUUAAAUUCAUCGGAUUACAUAAUACCUUACGACACGAGGCCAGAAACCUACGUAGUACCAGUAGUAUUCCUCCUGAUAUUUCUCAUCGGAGUCAUCGGCAACGGUACUUUGGUGAUGAUAUUCUUAAAGCACAAACACAUGAGAAACGUACCUAACACGUACAUUUUCUCGUUAGCUCUGGCCGACCUGCUGGUGAUUGUAACUAGUGUACCUUUCACGUCCAUUAUCUACACGAUGGAAAACUGGCCGUGGGGAGAAACGAUUUGCAAAAUAUCCGAAUCCGCCAAGGAUUUAUCCGUUGCUGUAUCAGUGUUCACUUUAACAGCUUUAUCAGCAGAUAGGUUUUUCGCUGUGGUGGAUCCGCUCAAGAAAAUCCACGGUGGAGGAAGAAACUGCUGCACCACGCGCAUUACCAUAGUAAUAGCGGUGAUGAUUUGGGCUACAUCGAGCCUGAUAGCUCUGCCGGCGGCUAUGGGAUCUCACAUAAAGUUCAUUCCGAACGAAGAGAACGAGCGUUUCCACGUGUGCUACCCCUAUCCGCGAACUUGGCUCAAAGAGCGGUACCCCGAGUUUAUGAUAGUGUUCAAAUUCCUGGUGCUCUAUCUGAUACCCCUGCUGGUCAUCGGGUUCUUCUACUUGAACAUGGCGAUGCACUUGAUCAGCAGCACGAAGAACAUGCCCGGCGAAGUGCAAGGUUUGAGAAAGCAGAUGAGGGCGAGAAGAAAGGUGGCAGUGACGGUGUUGAUUUUCGUGGCUGUGUUCUUCGUUUGCUUCGCGCCUGGUCACAUUUUCAUGCUUCUGUUUUAUUUUUAUCCGGAUUUCGAGGAUUUGUACGACGCAUUCUGGCAUUACUUUAGGAUCACGGGGUUUUGCUUGGCGUACGUGAAUUAUUGUGCCAAUCCCAUAGCGCUCUACUUCUUGAGCGGGGCUUUUAGAAAAUAUUUCAAUCGGUACUUAUUUCGCCGGCGAUUAACGAGAAGUGAUACGUAUCCUCGUCAACAAACAUCCAUAUCCUUGUUGUCGUCCAAAAGGAAUCGCCAAGGCUCUACCAAAAACGAUGAAAAAAUUAUGCCGAAUUUGGUGCAAUAAAUCGGCCAAUUAUAAUAAAAAUUUAUUUUUC